AUGAUGCCAGUCUCAUUUUCCAAAAAUAGAAUGCACGAACACUUCUGUGUAGGUGAUAUCUGGUUCAGAUCGGAGGAUAGCAUCCUUUUCGGGAUCUGUCAGCAACGCAUAGCUCAAAAGAGUACGGUCAUAUCUGAUAUGCUAGAGCCUGCCCCUCUUCAGGCGAGCCCGAUAGAUAUUGAGCUAUCCACCGACCUGCUCGAAGUACUAUUGGACUAA